AUGACUCUUCUACACAUGGAGGAUAGCACAUUUAGGACUCAUCUGAGGCUCACCAGAGAGCAGUUCCACCUAUUCUGCAAUCAAUUAAGGCAACAUGGGAUGACGGAUGACCACUCACCAGGAGGUCCUGCAAGAAUUCCUGUAGAGAAAAAGGUGGUGAUGCUGCUUUGGUAUCUCGCGAAUCAGAACUCAUUUCGUGAGAUGUCUGAUAAAUUUGAUGUUAGUCAAGGAGCAGCACAUAAUGUCAUCAUUGAAAUGCUUGACCGUACAUGUGCCAUUGCACAAUAUUACAUGGUCUUUUCACAGUCAUUUGGCCAGACAAUCCAAGCAGCUCUAUUCAGAAGAUCGUGCGGAAUUGAUGGGAUAGUUGGUGCAAUUGAUGGAUGCCAUUUCAGAAUCCAGCGGCCACCUGUUAGGGGGGGAGAUUAUUUAAACAGGAAGGCCUACUAUUCUGUGUUGCUGCAGGGUAUUGUAGAUGACUUAGGAAGGUUCACAGAUAUUUUUGCUGGGCCUCCCGGAAGAGUACAUGAUGCACGAAUGCUUAGGCUAUCCCCAUUCUUCAAUACCCAUGUACAGAAGUUAGGAGGCUACAAACUGCUCGGGGAUGGUGCAUAUGUCUGCAACAGCUUCCCAUUCAUUGUCACUCCAAAACGAGACAAUGGAGCCUUGGGUGAAGAUGACUUGCGCAGAAAUGCAAUGAUAUGCAGUGGGAGGGUAAUAGUGGAACAGGCGUUUGGUCGCUUAAAGUGUAAAUGGAGACGGCUCCGUGAACUACAAAACUCUCGUGUAGAUGUAGUUGUGAAAAUCAUUGUAGCAGCUUGUGCCCUUCACAAUAUGUGUAUUGGGGAGUCUGAAAGUAGAUGUGACGAGCACCCAAUCAGGUGCCCUCGUGAAGAGGAUGACAAUGAAUAA